AUGUCCUACGAAACACCAGGGGAAUUCCCAUUAAAUGAAGAACCAGAAACUGAUUUCAAAACUAAGACCAAAGAACAAGAAGCUUUGAAUAAUACGGCCUUCUACUUCUUUGCAGCCAUUUUUCUCAUGAUUCUUUUGGCUUAUGGUAUAAUCAUAAUUGCUCCUAUGUUAAUUGGUCUUAUCAACUCAGUAUUAUUCUAUUACAAGGGAUUUGGAUACAUCAAGACUCCCUUGAUCAAGGUUCUUAAGAAAAUCCAUAAUAAACCAGAUGAUUUAGAGUUACAUAGUGAAUAA